AUGAAGGUUUCCUUCUCCUUCUGCAUCCUCUUGGCUUUCAUAGAUGCAGGGAGCUCUCUUCAGUGUGAGGUUUGCCAUGAAAUAGGGGAGAGCUGUUCCGGCCCCAUGGAAACCUGCGAUAGUGGCAAAGAUACCUGUGGGGUCAUAAAGCAUGAAAUUGUACAAGCGUCAGAGAGGAUUGUGAUAACCCAAAAGUCCUGCCUGUACUCCAAUAGUUGCCAAACAGACUCCAUUAGUAUGAACUUUGGGAACGGAAUGACACACAGGAGCAGAAUCACCUGCGGUGUGGGAGAAGACUGUAAAACAGCAUCUGACCCACUGCCACCGAUGAACACCAUUCCCAAUGGCCUGCAGUGUCCAGCAUGCUACGCUGAGAAUUCUUACCAGUGUAGUGAAAACACCGUGAGUUGUACGGGAGUCCAGACCCAGUGUUUUGAUAUAGCUGGGAAAAUAACCAUCGGUGUCCUACCCCUCAAAACUGCAAUGAAGGGCUGCACCACCGAGUCUGAGUGUGCUGCUCCAAAAGGGGAGAAAGGGUUGGAUGUGAACUUCGUGAGGUUUGAGUGCAAACCAGCCUCCAGCAGAGGCCACAAGGCUCUUGGAUUUGCCCCUCGAGUCACCCUCCUUCCAGCACUGUCAGGGCUUAUCUUGGUGCUGCCGCUUUCUUGA